AUGGCAACACUUAAAAAAAGAAUUUUACAGAAUAUAAGUCAAACAGAAACAAUAGCAAAUGAGUCUCAAGAACCACCACCAGCAACAACAACCACAGCGACUUUAAUUCUUGAUAGUAAAAAUCAAUCGAUAUCUCCAUUUAUUAGCAAAGUUCGUCUUGUUGAAUUACCCACAUCUUCUUAUCCUCGUUUAACUGAGUUUGUAAAACGUUUGAAAACAUUGAAAACUCUUCGAGAAUAUAAUGAAAUUCUCGUUGAAUUCAUUGAUCGACUUAUUCUUUUUCAAAAUUAUAUUGAUGAUUGUAUUACAAUAUUAGUACAACAUAUUUUGAAUGCAACUGAUCCAUUGAUUCAAAUUGCUUUUAUUAAUACAUUAAUUACUGUAGAACAACAAUAUCCGAAAAGUUCAGUAAUACAUACGAAUCAAUUACUCGAGCUUGGUGAACAGACAAAAUCUAUUAAAGUAGCAAGUGCUUUAUUAAGUUAUUUUUCUAUAUUACCAGCAUCAUUAUUUCUCGAUAAAAAUGCUUUUGUUCGUUUUGCUAUUCAAUAUUCAUCGAAUAUUCAUGUUCGAGUACAAUUAUGUGCCUUUAAAUUAUUAGGUACACUCGCUCGUGCAAUAGAUCUUGAAUUAUCACUUAAAUCAUCGAUUGUUAAUAAAUUACUUCAAGCUAUUGAUCAUGAUGAUGCAAGAGUUCGAGCAGAAUCUUUACGUACAAUUGUAGAUUUAUUUAAAUGUAAAAUUGGCUUGGAUUCAAAUCAUUAUAGUUCAUUUGUUGAAUGUUUACAAGAUUAUUAUGCUGAAGUACGAUUAGCUGCAUGUGAAGCAUUAUUUCUUCUUGCUAUUAAUGCUCCGGAUAGUAUUGUACCAUCAGGAAUAUCAAAUGAUGAAUCAUCAAAAUUAAUUAAUGAAAUAUUUCGACUUAUUUGUGAUUUAACAAAUGAUGAAGCAAAAAUUGUACGAGUACAAGCUAUGAAAAUGAUUGGACAAUUAUGUCGAAAUGGUGUUGAUAUUAAUUUAGUUCAUCAAACAUUAGAUAAAAAACUUUUACGAAUAACAAAAAAGAAAGCAUUUAUUGCAAAAGUUGAACAAUUAGAUAGUGAAAUGGAUGAUAUAACUGUUCAUGAUGUUACAGUUGAUGCUCAAUCAGCAUCAAUUACAGCUAUAGGUCCAUAUGGUGCUUUAAUUAGUGGACUUGAAGAUGAAUAUUCCGAUGUUCGUGCUGCAGCUAUUGAUUCUUGUUAUGAUAUAUCAUGUUGUCAUGAUGUAUUUCAAUCGAAACUUGUUGAAUAUAUUGUAUCAAUGUUUGAUGAUGAUAUAGAACAUGUUCGAUUACAAGCAAUGCGUGUAUUAGGUAAAAUUGCUCAAGGACGUGUAUUACGUGGUGAACAAGUACUAUCGAUAUUAACAGAAUUACUUAGUCGUUCGUAUGAUAUUCGUUCAGCACUUCAUGAUGUUUUACGAGUUGUACGUAUUGGUGAUCCGGAUACAUUAUUUAAAUUAUUUCAUCGUCUUGUGGAAAAUAUUCAACGAUUUAAAACUGAUAGUCAUUCGGUUCUUAGAUGUUUACGAGAAUUAGGACAGAAUAAUAGUGCAUUUAUUGCUCUUAUUUUACCAAAAUUAUUACCAAUGCAUAGUUAUUUAGAUGUUCAAGAGCCUCAAUUUUCUAAAAUAGAUCAUACUUGUGCUUUAAUCUUAGUACUAAAUGCAGCUUUACAUCAUCCAUCGAUUAUUUCUGUUCUACCUGAUUAUGUUUUUCGACAUUAUCGAUAUUUAAGAACAAAAGAACCUGAUCUUACACCUAAUCUUCAAACAAAUUUCUCUCAUGGUCAAUUAACAAAAACAUUUGAUGUUGAUAUUUUACUUCCUACAACUGUUUCAUCAUCACAUGAUGUAUUUGAACGUAUUCUAAAACUUUUUGAACAAGGCCAAGAUUUACAGGCAAUUGAUAGACAAAAAUUCUAUCGAAAUCUUGCUGCAGAAUUACAUAAAGUAGCUGAAAUGGACAUUGGUCUAUUAGCUAUCUCAGAAUGUUUAUCACUCUAUUGUGAAGUCUUAGCUAUUAUGACUUAUCAAUGUAAUACUCGAAGUUGUUUGAAGGCAUUAUCAAUAUGUAAACGUCUGUUAACGGUUUUUCACGGUUAUUCAAAAAAGCAAUUAUUAAUCUUUCAACAAUUACAUUUAUAUUGUCAUUUAUUUCUUAUAUCAAUUCAAACAAAAUUAUCAACAAAUGUUCGUCAACGAUGUUAUAAACAUAUUCAAUGGCAACGAAUGCAUCAAAACGAUGCUGAAAUUAAUAUUGAUGAAAAAAUUUUACAUACAAAUUUAAUAUCUUAUGCUCAACAAUAUAUUUCCAUAAUGUCAAAACAGAUUUUAUUAAAUAAAACAAAUUUUCUUAAAUUAAACGAUCCAAUUCGUAUGGUAUCUGUUAAAUUUCUUGAACCAGAAACAGAUAUUGAACAAGUAUUAGAAUUUCUACCAGGUCUAUCUGUAUCAAUACCUUGUUUAAUGAAUGCAAAAAAUCUUGAUCAACAACAAAAUAUUAAUAUAAAAGUAACUUAUUUAGAUGGACAAUAUUGUUUAUUGCCUAUCAAUGAUGAUAAUAUUCGAAUAUUAACAGAAGAUAAUUCAUUACGUAUUGAUUCGAAAGUUACAUUUUCCCAUCAACAUUGGCUUCGUCCAUGUUAUGCAACAUUUUCUGUUGUUUUAUUUCCAGUACGAUCUCAAUGUUUUGUAAUGGAUGUUAAUGAUGAAUUUGUUGAAAUAACACAACCAAUUCGUGUUUUACUUCAUCCAAAAUAUCUUCGACAUCGUUUACGUAAAAAACAUAGUAUCGAUGAACAAAGUACAAUGUCAGCAACAACAGUUGAACAAUUAGAUAUUCCUGAUGAUGAUAAUGAUGAACAUGAAACGGAAUGGUUAGAUGAAACAGGUGUUGAUGAAGAAGAAACUGGACAUAUAGAUGAUGAUGAAUCCGAAAUGGAUACAAGUCAAGAUGAUGAACAAAUUGAAUAUGUUGAAACAAGAAAAACUCCUGACAGUGAUGAAGAUGAAGAUAUGUCACAUUAA